AUGUCUCACAAAAAUAUUGUGGCAACUCCAAAGAAUAUUGUUUUCUCAUUACAACUUAUGGGGAAAGUUUAUAUAUCUCUCUGGCUUCAUGUUUUAGCUGGGUUUUCCACUGAUACAAGCGCAUCUUAUGGGCAAUACUGUUUAUCAUGCCAAAUGAAGAGAUAUAUUGUUCAACACCAUUUCAUGACGGUGAUAGUAAGAAUAAGAAUGAACAAUGGAUAUCCUGUCAAUCAAAUAACCUGGAAGACUACAUGA